UCACCUGUACACUUCACAAUGACGAUCAGGUUAAAUGGUUUGUGAAAAAAAAUAAUUUAAGUGACUUAUGCGGAAUGUCAUAUUAGAAUUGAGUUUCCAAUGUGAAAGAUUAUAAAAUUACGUUUACCAAAGUGAAAAAUUGAAUAAUCAUUCACUUAUUACAUAAAUAAAUUUUUGUCAACGAUUUUGGUUCGGCUGAUUUAUUUUUAGCAAAGACCUAACCUUACAUAAAAGCUACAACGUAAUAUUUCUAAGGUUGCUUCAAUCAAUAACUGAAAAAUUUAGUGCAUGAAAUGCAGACGAAAUCUUUAUCCACGUAAAUUUUUCAUUUAAUGUUUGUGAUUAGUAGGAAAUUAAUAGAAACGAGAGUAAGUUUGUACAAGGGCAAAUCAAGUUCACGAAAGUUUCUCAAUUUAUUUAACAGAUCCUGUAAUAAGAUUAGAAAUAUGGUGUUUAUUACAAAAUAUGAUAAGGAUGUGUUGAAAAACGUCAAUCCCUCGAUGGGCGAUAACGUACUACCAUUCCAACUGCAAGCUUUGGAUAAACAGACCCAUCUAGAUCAUUUAUGUGCUCUUGAUAUUAAUUCCAGAGCAUCCUUUAUUCGUUUAUCAGGAAUAAUAUGUACAAUUGGACCUGCAUCAAGAGAUCCAGACGUGCUGGUGGAGAUGAUGGAAGCAGGUAUGAACGUGGCGCGUCUCAAUUUCUCUCAUGGUUCUCACGAAUACCACGCCGAAACAAUCGUCAAUAUCCGUACCGCCGUUGAUAUGUACAGCAAGAAAAUUGGUAUGCCUUAUCCGUUAGCCAUAGCCCUUGAUACCAAAGGACCCGAAAUCCGUACAGGUCUUCUCGAAGGGGGGGGUUCUGCUGAAGUUGAACUAGUUAAAGGUCAAACCAUUAAAUUGACCACCGAUAAGGCAUACGAAUCAAAAGGCACUAAAGACUGCGUAUAUAUUGAUUACGAUAAUAUUCAGAAAGUUGUAAAACCAGGAAAUCGCAUUUACGUCGACGAUGGUUUGAUGUCUUUGGUUGUAGAAAGUGUCCAAGGCUCUUUCCUCACCUGUACCGUUGAAAAUGGCGGUAUUCUUGGAAGUCGUAAAGGUUGCAAUCUUCCUGGUGUUCCCGUCGAUUUACCUGCCGUGUCUGAAAAGGAUAAAUCCGAUUUGAAAUUUGGCGUCGAACAAAAAGUCGAUAUAAUUUUUGCUUCGUUCAUACGUAACGGUGCUGCCUUGGCUGAAAUCAGGAGCAUCCUUGGAGAAGAAGGAAAAAAAAUUUUAAUUAUUUCCAAAAUUGAAAACCAACAAGGUGUGGAUAAUUUGGACGAAAUCAUAGAUGCUUCAGAUGGUAUUAUGGCGGCCCGUGGUGAUCUUGGUAUAGAAAUUCCCACUGAAAAAGUAUUCAUAGCACAAAAAGCGAUGAUCGCUCGUUGCAACAAAGUAGGUAAACCGGUCAUUUGUGCUACCCAAAUGUUGGAAUCUAUGACCAAAAAACCGAGACCGACUCGUGCCGAAAGUUCAGAUGUAGCUAAUGCCGUUAUCGAUGGAGCCGAUUGCGUGAUGUUAUCAGGUGAAACGGCUAAAGGAGAUUACCCAUUAGAUUGCGUUAGAACUAUGGCUAACAUUUGCAAAGAAGCCGAAGCUGCCAUGUGGAGUAAGGAAUUCUUCCACGAUUUAACAGAGAUAUUGCCAGUUCCGCUUGAUAUAGCACAAACAAUUGCAGUUUCCGCAGUAGAAUCUUCCAAUAAGACUUUGGCUGCUGCUAUAAUUGUUAUUACCACGUCCGGUAAAUCUGCUCAUUUGGUCGCUAAAUUUAAACCAAGAUGUCCCAUUAUUGCAGUAACACGGAACGCUCAAGUUGCUAGACAAGCCCAACUCUAUAGGGCCAUUUUACCGUUGGUAUAUGAAGCUGAUCGUCUUGAAGAUUGGUUAAAAGAUGUAGACGCCAGAGUACAAUACGGUAUCAAAUUCGGUAAAGCCCAAGGAUUUAUUAGAACCGGUGAUCCAGUUGUGGUUAUAACAGGAUGGAAACAAGGAUCCGGUUUUACAAAUACUCUUAGAAUCAUCUAUGCAGCAGAUGAAGUACAGGCUGUAUGUCUUGGAACAUGUUCCAAGUAAAUUAUCAAAGUAACAUAAAAAAACAACACAUACUACUCCAGUUGCCAUUAAUCUUGAUCAACAUGUUAUAAAAAUAUAUGUAUUUUUUAAAUUUAGUCAUUGACUACAGUAUUUUUUAAAAUUUUAAAGCGUAAAUUAUUUAUUCAUUCACAAAUUAUGGACCUUGUUAUUUUCUAUUGGAUCUGGUACACAUUUGGCAUUAUUUAGUAUGUUGAUGAAUUUUAUUUGGAAAUUGUGUAGAUCAGAAUAUUCUAGAUGAUUAUUUAUUUGCGUGAACGUUUAUUUGUAUGAAAUAGAUGUAUUAUAAAUGUUGUAAAAUACAUAAGUGAACUUUUAAAGUUAUACAGAAUUGAUGUAGUAUUAAAUUGCUGAGAGAUCGA